AAGCUUUUCAUCGGCGGGCUGUCUUGGGAUACGACGGAACAUGACUUGGGGGCAUACUUCGAGACGUUUGGGAAGCUUUAUGACGUUGUGGUCAUGCGAGACAGAGCCACCGGGAAAGGAAAAGGAUUCGGGUUUGUGCGUUUCCACGACCCCAAGGUCGCAGAACAGGUGUCUGCCAUACGGCAUGACAUCCGAGGAAGGUUGCUCGACGCCAAACUCGCUAUCCCUCGAAAGAGAGUGCAGCAUCCUCUGGUGCCGUCUGACAUCAGAGUCCACAAAGUCUUUGUGGGUGGGUUGGCGCCGACAGUCAAGGAUUUCGAGUUCAGAGAAUACUUCAGCAGGUUCGGCAACAUCAAAGAGGCGCAGGUCUGCACCGACCAGCAUACGCGGCGAAGUCGAGGCUUCGGGUUCAUCACCUUCGAGAAGUGGGAGACGGUGGAAGAGUUGAUCAGUCAGCAACAAGACGGGAGGCCGCAUGUGGUAGAGGGAAAGGAGGUGGAGGUUGGUCCCUCCUCCAUCCCCCGCUCCCUUGAAGUCUCACCCCCGCUCCCUUGA